AUGGAAAAGUUGGAAAAUCGUGCUGUCAUCAAAUACUUCUAUUUGAAGGGGUUAAAGCCGAAGGAAAUCAAAGAAGAGAUGGACUCAACACUGGGGACAUCCUGCCCAUCAUAUUCAACCAUUAAGCAGUGGGUUUCCGAGUUUAAAAAGGGUCGUGUGAGCACCUCUAAUGAGCCUCGCUCAAGACGCCCUGUUGAGGUCACAAAUCCAGAUAUGAUCGAAAAAAUCCAUCAAAUAGUGCUGGAAGACCGCAGAUUAAAAGUGGGUGAGAUAGCUAAGACCUGUAAGAUGUCAAAUGAACGUGUGCAAAAUAUUUUGCACCAACAUUUGCCUAUGCAAAAGCUCUGCGCAAGAUGGGUGCCGCGUUUGCUAACAGCACCAGCGCACAAGUCAAUCGUUGCGAUGGCUAAAAUCAACGAUCUGAAGUUUGAAUUGAUGCCGCAUCCUCCCCUAUUCUCCAGACCUAGCCCCGAGUGA